AUGAUCAACAGUCCAUUAGAUGAUGAUAUCAUCAACAGUCCAUCAAGUGAUGGUAUCGUCAAAAGUCCAUCAUGUGAUGAUAUUAUCAACAGUCCAUCAUGUGAUGAGAUCAUCAACAGUCCAUCAAGUGAUGGUAUCGUCAAAAGUCCAUCAUGUGAUGAUAUUAUCAACAGUCCAUCAUGUGAUGGUAUCGUCAACAGUCCAUCAGGUGAUGGUGUCAUCAACAGUCCACCAAGUGAUAAUAUCAUCAACAGUCCAUCAUGUGAUGAAAUCAUCAACAGUGAUGGCAUCAUCAACAGUCCAUCAUGUGAUGAAAUCAUCAACAGUCCAUCAUGUGAUGAUAUCAUCAAAAGUCCACCAGGUGAUGAUAUCAUGAACAGUCCAUCAUGUGAUGGAAUCAUCAACAGUCCAUCAUGUGAUGAUAUCAUCAAAAGUCCACCAGGUGAUGAUAUCAUCAACAUUCCUCCAUCAAGAGAUGAUAUCAUCAUCAGUCAAUCAUGUGAUGAUAUCAACAGUCCAUCAGGUGAUGCUAUCAUCAACAGUCCAUCAAGUGGUGGAAUCAUCAAUAGUCCAUCAAGUGAUGGAAUCAUCCACAGUCCAUCAAGUGAUACUAUCAUCAACAGUCCAUGA